AUGACCGACAGCAAGCCUAUCAUCAAGAAUGUUGACAUGACAGAAGAGAUGCAACAGGAAGCUGUUGAGUGCGCAAAUCAAGCUUUGGAGAAGUAUAACAUUGAGAAAGACAUUGCAGCUUGUAUCAAGCGAGAGUUUGAUAAACGAUAUGGUACAACCUGGCACUGUAUCGAAUCAAGUGAAAAUAGUUAUAACUCAUUUUCAAAAUUAAAAGAAUGA